UAUUUUCGGCCGGGACAGCGCAUCAGCAGCUCGGGCAGCAGAGAAAGUGAGAAAUAACUCCGUAAACUGGGAUAUCUGCAAUUGCGAGGGCCGAUGAGCGAACAAAAUCAUAUAUGAAGGGCAGCAGGAUGAAUGUGGAGACUCUCAGUAAGGCUGAACUUCUGAUGCUGCUCAGCAUUCUGGAAGGAGAACUGGAAGCGCAGGAUGUGGUCAUACACACACUCAGGGCACAACAGAGAAACACAUUUGUACAGGAGCGAUAUGGACAGUAUGACCUCAGCGACCCAUUUGUAGCACUGCUGAGGGACAGCGAGCUGUCGCAGGCUCAGGAUGAUGGAAGGCAGAGUCCCGUGUGUCUGAAUCCGCUGGGUGUGUUGAAGCUGGUAAUGGCCCACUGCACCAACAUGAAGGAGAAACUGUUAAAACAGCUCGCUGCUGCGGAGAGAAGACACAGACGGGUAAUAGCUGACUUAGAAGAAGAGAAACGAAGACGUGCUCAAGACGCCGCUGCUGGUGAUGACAUAACUGACAUGCUAGAAAGGGAACGAGACAGGCUAUUGCAGCAGUUGGAGUCUGAGAGGGCUCAGCUCGAGCGAUUGGAACGUGAGCGGUCAGUCCUGUCGAGUCAAGCUGUGGAAGAUUUAGCAGAGCAACAGCAGUUAUCCUCAACCCUAGCUAAAGAAUGUCAGAAGGCUACAGCCCGAGCCGAGGAGGAGAGCCAGCGUGUUGCACAGCUCAGCCGCCAGCUGGAACAAGAAAGCAGUGCUGUGGAAAGCCUUAAGGGGGAGCUAGAGAGCGAACGCACUCGUGCUCAGCAGAUAGAGGCGAGAACUGAACGAAAGCUGGCUGAAUUUGAUACAGAGCAUGAGCAGAUGAGAGGGAAACUACUGAAGGAAGAAAAACGAUACCAGGAGCUUUUGGAGCAGUUCAGUAGUCUAAAGAAGGAGUUGGAUGAAAUAAAAGAAAGAGAAAAGGCAGGGUUGGACAAUGAAGAGAAGCUAAAAAUCCCACAUAAAGCAACUUCAGGUAUCACACCUACUGUUAGUCAAGUAGAAGCUGAUGGCAAAAUUACACCUAAAGCAUCUCCACAACAUAAACAAAAUGGUCAUCACACUCCCCGAGAGCCAGAAUUUCCAGCAGAAGAAAGGUGCAAGGAAGAGGGAUUGGCAGACAAUGGGGUAGUACUCCCUGGUGGAAGUGGAGCCUUUCAGUGUCUCUCCCCCAGCAGUCCUGCCUCGUCCUCCCUUAGUUCAUCUCCUUGCUCUUCUCCUGUUCUGACCAAGCGUUUGGCCUCUCUAGGUUGCUCUAGUCCGACCUAUCCUUCUUCUUACCAGGCCAGCAUUAACCAACGAUUCCAAGCAGCACGUCACAAGUUUCAGCAGCAAGCUGAGGCAGAGCAGCAACACGGAGGAAGUGUUGUCCACUCGCCUCGAGACCUCUCUCCAACUGCCUGCACUCCAACCCCUCCAGACAAUUCUACUGCAAAGCAGAUCGCUCGCAACACUGUCACUCAGGUGCUGUCACGGUUCACAAACCCAGUCUCAAGUAAACUCCCUCAGUCCAACAGUUCACCCUUUGGCACUGAUUACCGCAGCCUGGCCGCUGCCUCUUCACCAACAGGGAAGAGUCCAGGCAUUCUCUCACCAGGGAUCCGCUCGCCAAUUAUUCCUAGAGCAGAGAAGUUUCAUCCCCCACCUGUUCCUGCCAAAAAACAAGGGGUCAAUCAGUCUCCCAACUCACCGCUUCCUUCUAGCAGGGCCAGCCACUUCCCCGAGCUCACUGGGAGCUGUGGUCUCACCAGUGGUCAGGAAGAUGCUAAAGAGCUUGACUUGGUUGUGUCUUCAUCUAGUUAAACACCCUAGAGCCCACGGCCAAUUCUUAGCGUUCUCCACUCCAUUCCCUCUAAUGGCAUCUAAAGCACUUAGGGUUUAGUAUGUGGGUCAAACUCAAGGUUAUCUUAUUGUUUUAAUAUUUUACUGUGAUGGUUUAGUGCAGGGGUGUCCAAACUCGGUCCUGGAGAGUUUAACUCCAACCGUAAUUAAACACACCUGAACCAGCUACUCAAGCUCUUACUAGAUACACUAGAAACUUCCUGGCUGGUGUAUUGAAGCAAGUUAGAGCUAAAGUCGGUUGGACAUUGGCCCUCCAGGACUGAGUUUAGACAGCACUGGUCUAGUGUCAUAGUUGCUGGUUCUUGUCUUUAAAGAGAUAGCUGCUGCAAAACCUAAAAUUUGUUUUCCUAUUCUUACCCUAAAUAAUCUUUGAAACGCAAAUUAAGACACCUGAGAGGUUUCUGUCACUCCAAACUUGAAGAUCCAUACUUAGAAUCAAAAAUUAGCAAAUCCAAAAAGGUCAUUGGGGCACUUGUUCAAAAUUUCAUCCAAACCCUUGGGGACCUAACUACACACACACAGUGGUGAAAGUGAAACCUCUUUCAUUAAAACAUCUUAAUUACGGUUUUAAAGAGUAACCAAAGUCUUAGUUUAACAUAAAGAGAAAUAAUGACAGAAUUUGUGUUUAAAUCUUGCUCAUUUAGAAUACCUUCUUUAUCUGACACAUUUCAGGGGCCUCGUUUAUAAAAUGUGCAGAAACCGCUUUAGAUUUGUUCUAUGACAAUUUUGCUAAAGUCCAUAAGUGUGAUAGAAAAAACGAAUGUGCUCACAAAAAAAAAAAAACCUGCUGUCAGAUCUCGACCUUGUAAACGGCCACUAAUUAAUAUCAUUACCAUUCAAAAGAACACAGCAAUAUCCGGAUAUCUGUUUUGAGAAUGACUUUUCAGAGUCUAAAAUUGAGGUCCUGCUGGCAGAGGUAGAGGCUCGAGAUUAUUUAUUUCAGAUAUAUUUUGAUUGUUUAUUUAUUGUGGAUUUUAUGCAUUGGUAAAUCAAGACGUCGCAAUUUCGCUUGUAAUAUAAAAUAUAAAAAACAACAACAUGGAAUAAACUGUGAAGCCUACAACAUGCGAGUAAAGCACUCUCAACAUUAGGCAAUUAAAAGUUCAACUUAAUCUUCCUAACAAAUCUGACAACACUGCACAAUUAACCUCCCACACUGCAUCUUUGUUGUUUUUGAUGAAUUUGGUGCACAUACACCACUUUUAUUAGAUAUCCAUAAUAGCUUCAGUAAUAUGACGUUGGUUUCCCAGUGUUGGUUUGUGGCUGGAAGGGCAUCCGCUGCGUAAAACAUAUGCUAGAUAAGUUGGCAGUUCAUUCCGCUAUGGCGAGCCCUAAUUAAUAAAGGGACUAACGGAAAAGAAAAUGAAUGCAUGAAUAUGAUGUUGCAACAAGGAAAAGUGCAUGCACCUGCUCAGAUCGGGACAUGGUGGUACAGUAAGUACUUUUCCAGUUUUUAUAAAUGACAUGCGUAUACGUACUCUAACAUCAAAUCUGAGCAUACACACAGUUCAUAAAUGAGGCCCCAGGUCUUGAAAAUGAUUAACAAAAAGACAUCCAGGUUGUGAUGUGCAGUGAUGCUCCACGAUGGAGAACCAUUGGUCUUAUGGCUGGGGUGGGCAGCUCAAGUCCAGGAAUGCAACUGUUUGUUCAAGGUUUAGCGCCAUACCUAAUCAAACACACCUCCCUGUUAUUUUAAAGUAAACCUUAUCUACAUUUCCCUAAGCAGCAUGCCACUGUGUUUAACUGUAAUCAAUUAGUGAAGUGUUUGAAGGAAUCUGGGCAUGACACGGUGGCAUUAUUUUCUUCAUUAAUUACCAAAAAGGCACUAAUUGGAAUCAAAAUAAUUUCAGCAGAUGUGCAAAAAAAAAAAAAAAAAAACUGGCAUUGGUUAUCUUUUUUUCAUGCGUAUAUGAUGGAGCUAAACUCUGAAGGACAGUGACAGAGAACCAGAGUUGCCCCCCUCCUGGUCUAGUUGAGAUAGCCAGUGUUGUUGUUGGCAGACUUGGUUACCUGCUUCAGAAUUUGCUUUUCAGUUUAAACAAAUACACCUGGACCAAGGUGAUAAGGAUUAGUUGAAGAUGAAAGGCAGGUUGUAUUGGACAGGGUUGGAACUGAACUCUGCAGGAAGGUAGGAUUAGGAUUAGGCUUGGCAGUGGUUCCCAAUCCAAGACCUGGAGCACCUGCAACUCUGCAUAUUUUUAUGCCUCACACCAGAUUCAACUCAUCAGCUUGUUAAGACUUCAGGAAUUCAAGUGGUUGUGUCAGAAAUCCACAAUGUGUAUUUUUGGGGAUCCUCCAGAACUGGAUUUGUGAACCAUUUUCCCCCCUCAACCCACCCAAAGGGUUUCCAGCACUACUCUUGAACAGAGUUUAGUUCCAACAGUAAUUAAAUAUAACAAGACCCGCUAAUCAAAGUCUUCAGGAUUGCAAGAAAUAUCUCAGUGUGUGUGUUGGAGGAGCUUAGAGCUAAACAGUUUUUGGAAAGUGGUUCUCCAGGAACAAGAUUGAACAUCCCUGCCUUAUCCAUACUGGUCUGGUUGGAAAAGUACACAAAGAGCUUAUACCUCAUUAAAGUUUUUCGAUAUUCCUGAACAAACUCUAGUCUGAGCCCAACUCAUCCCAACUGUGUAAAAUACUUUUUUUUUAAAUAUUUUGUUACUGUUAUUUUAGUACAAAACAAUAGUUUUAUUUAUCCUACAAUUAUAUUGAUGCCAAUUCCUGAUGACCUGUUCACAGAAAUUUAAGGAUGUAUCAGCUUUAACCAACCUACUAAUAAGUAAAUUCUCAAUCAGUCUGGUGAAAGUGUGUUCUAUAUUAAACUCUUGGUUACCUUUUAUUGUCGAGCAGUCAUAUAUGAUGUGUAGUUGCUGUACAUUUCUUGAGUCCACGCCGGAACAAACUACUGGAGAUAUUUUCUGAGGGACUGAUAUGAAACUGUCAUGGAAAAUCUCUGCGUCCUACUGUAUUGCACCACGACCACAUCUUCUGUCGUCAGUCUGCUCAGGAAGCUGCCACCUGGUGGUCGGGCAGCAUUAAACAACAGCCAAACCUGAAAACCUUCUCUGUAAAUGAAGAUUGAAAAUGCUUGUUUAAAUGAUUGUAAACUAUAUUUAGAAUCAAGUUGACAUUUUCUGAGAAUGCAUUCAAUAACAACAUCUGGUUGUAUCACAUGUAUUAUAUAUGUUUAUACUGGACAGUCUUAUAUUUAAAAUGAAAUAUUAACCCUCAAUAUUAGGUAGAACCUAUAGUACCAGUUUACAUGAUUCACAACCAUGGUUAAGCACAAAUCGUCAUAAUUUAAUGGAUACCUUGGGACUUUUUCUUGUCUUACCCGUGUCCUUUUUAAAUAGUCUUUUGAGGUUUAAACUUGACAAGUCUGAAAACAGAAUUUAUGUUUAUGUAAACAUCUUGCUGGCAUGAAGGUAUUGCUCAGAUGAAUACAGCAGCAUAGUCUUACCUUGCUUAAGGAAGGACCAAGGAUGUUAGCUUGUAUGAGUAAAUGUGAUGCAUGUAUCUGUCCUUUCCUACAUAGAUUUCAGCUGCUGUACUGUCAUUUAUUUCUGUAUUUAAAUACCUCACCAUUUCUCCUACUGAAUUGAAACCUCUUUAAGUAGCAGUUUAGAUUUUUACUACUGGCAGGUUUAUUAUUAUUUUUAAUUUUUUUUGGAAAUUUUAUAUUCUUACCAGGGACUUGGACAGACCAGUUUCUAAACUUUUAGCUAGUUGUAUGAAAAUACAGUUUGAUUAGUUGAAUUUUUCCAGAUUAUUUUUACAGCAAGUUAAUGACCUUAAAUGAAUUUAAGACCAACUGUAUUUUCCCCUAAGCUAAUAAAAAUUUUGUUUAAAAGUUUAAAGCUUGUUUUUGAUGUUUUUUUAUGCAGUUAUGAUGUAUCAUUGUAUCAAUUUGCUACAAAUAUAAACACAUUUUCCAUCCA